AUGAAGUUCCCCGCAUUACCUGCUGUCCUCGCCUUUUGCGUCGUUGCAUUGGUGACAAAUGCAUACGUCCUACCGCAGAACAAGAGGAGCGUCGCCCGCUCUGAACCCGGUAGUCUUCUUGGAAAGCGAUAUGUCGCCCGCCUAGGACGAGAUAUUCCGAAGCUAGCAAAGACGAGCAAUAGCGAUACCCCAAUGUUCCGCGAGGAUACUAGAAAUGCCGCUACGAUUCUCGACAGCGGUGGUACUGGUAAACUCCAAAAGGCGAGCAAGAAGAACGCCGGGCGUCCCAUCGGCCAGAAUCGCAAGACUCGGUUUAAUAGGUCGCUGAAGCGUCGAAAGGCGGGCAAGCAACGAAGAGUCACGCGCGAAGGGCCCGAAGAGGAGCGAAAUCCUCAAUUAAAGCAAGGUGCAUCCCCGCUUUUGGAAGCAGCUUCACCCUCCUCUCCUCCGGACGCGUCGGCCACCAGCGCGGUAGUUCAGGCUUCUUCAACCCAGUCCCCAGAUGUACCAGCCCCUACCACUAGUGCACCUCCUCCCGUCUCGACUGCUAACCAGAAGGCCGUGAGAAAGGCCAAAGCCAACAAGCCACCGACCCCGAAUGCAACGAAGGCGGCGGGAGUACAAGCCAGUCACAAGGCGUAG